AUGAACACGCUGUCGGUUCGCGCCUUCAUACCGCCGCUGACGCGACGAGGGCUGCCCCUCCGCGCCAUUCGCUGCUAUGCCGUCCAAGCACCGGGAGCUCCCACCAUGGAGAUCUUCAGCAACCAGCACAAGUGGCAGCAGAGGGAGCGAGCCGCUGCAAACGUCGACGCAAGCAGGAGCGUCGACUAUCUGAGGGACGAAGUGGCCUCGCGGCUAUGCGAGCGAGUCCUCGAUAUCAAACGCCACUUUCCUCACGUCCUCGACCUCGGCGCCAACGCAUGCAACGUCGCACACGCCCUCACACAGCCGUCUCCAGAAGAGCCGGAGAAGGGGCCGCGGUCAACGCGUGUGGGCAAGAUCACUGCGGCAGACUCCUCGGCAACGCUCCUCCACCGGGACGCCGACCUGCCCUUCAACAACGAGAUCGAGAUCAUAAGGGAGGUCUUGCCGACCUCCGAGCUGCUCCCCUACCAGGCGAACACAUUCGAUGCCGUCUUCAGCAGCUUGAGCUUGCACUGGAUCAACGACCUACCGUCCGUCCUGGCCCAGGUGAACAACGUCCUCAAGCCUGACAGCCCUUUCAUCUCGGUCAUGAUGGGAGGGGACAGCUUGUACGAGCUUCGCACUUCUCUGCAGCUUGCAGAGCAGGAUCGACGCGGUGGUGUUGCGACCCACACCUCGCCCUUGGCAGAUGUCAAGGACGUUGGUGGCCUGCUGCAGAAAGCAGGCUUCAACCUCCUCACGGUCGAUGUCGACGAUAUCAUCGUUGACUACCCGGACACGUUCUCGCUCAUGAAGGAUCUGCAGGCGAUGGGCGAGUCCAAUGCAGUGCUGGCUCGUGAGAAGGGUGGAAUUCAGAGGGACGUUCUGCUUGCCGCAGACGCCAUCUACAGAGAGCUGCACGGCAACGAAGAUGGCACUCUGCCCGCGACGUUCCGUUUGAUCUACAUGAUCGGCUGGAAGCACAGCCCUGAGCAGGCGAAGCCUCUCGAAAGGGGCACCGGCAUGUUCAGCAUCAAGGACUAUCUAGAAAAGAACGGCGAGGGGGGCGAAGGCAAAAAUUAG